UUUAAUUUCUUGUUGGACCUGAGAUCCCCAGAGCCAGAGGAAUAACUAAUAAAUUCACCACACACCCAUCUAUCUUCAUUCAUAAAACCCUCGGAAUUCACCAUCCAUCCAUUUCCGUUCAUGUAUUUUUAUUUUUUCAGCCCUUGACUGCACAGGAGCAGCAGCAGCAGGAGGAGGAGGAGGAGUUGCCCUCUAUGCUGGGCGUUUCGGCCGUUUUGGGAGCCUCCACUGGCGAUGGCGCUGCGGAUGAUGCCCACCAGCAGAGCUUCGGCAACGGCGCAGCCGCAGCCGCAGCCGCAGCUGAAGUGGGUUCGAGCUCCGGGGGGCUGAGUGAGGAGGAGAAGUUGAGAUUCGAAGAAGGUGACCGGAAUUCAGGCGGAAACAGGUGGCCUCGCCAGGAAACGCUGGCUCUGUUGAAGAUAAGAUCGGAGAUGGACUUGGCGUUUCGUGACUCCAGCCUCAAAGGCCCAUUGUGGGAAGAGGUCUCAAGGAAACUAUCGGAGCUUGGAUAUCAUCGAAGCGCCAAGAAAUGCAAAGAGAAAUUCGAGAAUGUUUACAAGUACCACAAGCGAACCAGAGAAGGCCGAGCUUCCAAGCAAGACGGUAAAACUUAUCGAUUCUUCGAUCAAUUAGAGGCCCUGGAUAAUCAUCCAGCCCCACUCUCAAUUCUUCCAGCUCCAUCUCGGCCUCAAUCCCAUCAAACAGCUCCGCCGCCGCAACCGGCGGCGCCGACUAACCCUCCAGUUGUCGCAGCUGCAACCACUGUUUCAUCGGCUACAAAUACUUUAAAUCCUAUGAAUCAAUUUCCACAACCUGCUGAAGUGCAAGCAAACCCUACAAAUCUCUCUUUCAACGCUGCGAUUCCGUUGAAUUCUUACCAGAACAAAUCGGCGGGUCCGGCUUCGGCGUCCAGCGAUUCCUCGACGUCGUCCGACGAGGAGCCGGAGAGGCGGCAACAUCGGAAGAGGAAAUGGACGGACUUUUUCCAGAGGCUGAUGAACGAGGUGAUCGAGAAGCAGGAGCAGAUGCAGAAGAAGCUUCUCGAUGCCUUGGAGAAGCGGGAACGCGAUCGCGUGGCCCGGGAAGAAGCUUGGAGAAUCCAAGAAAUGGCGAGGAUGAAUCGCGAGCACGAUCUUCUAGUCCAAGAAAGAUCCAUGGCCGCCGCCAAAGACGCCGCCGUGAUCGCGUUCUUGCAGAAGGUAUCUCAGCAACAAAAUAUCCCAAACGUAAACGUAAUCCCCCAAACCCAACCGCUGCCGGACAAUCCACCGCCUCCACCAGCCCCACCGCCACCACAACAGCCUGUACUACACACAGCACCAACUCCUCCGCCGCCGCCGCCGCAACCGCAACAGCAACCGGAAAAAAGGGAUAAUGGAGUUGAGAAUUUGAUGGCUGCGAGCCCAUCUAGAUGGCCAAAAGCGGAAGUUCAAGCCUUGAUUGGGCUUCGGAAAAAUCUGGAUCUCAAGUACCAAGAAAACGGACCGAAAGGGCCGCUGUGGGAGGAGAUAUCGUCCGGAAUGAAGAAACUGGGCUACAACCGGAGCUCGAAGAGGUGCAAGGAGAAGUGGGAGAACAUUAACAAGUACUUCAAGAAGGUGAAGGAGAGCAACAAGAAGAGGCCGGAAGAUUCGAAGACAUGCCCCUACUUUCACCAGCUCGACGCUUUAUACAGAGAGAAGGCCAAGAACGAGAACAAUUCCUUGAAUCCCAGCAUGGUGCCGAUCAUGGUUCAGCCUGAGCAGCAAUGGCCGCUUGCUCAAGACCAGCAGCAGCCGGCAUUAAUGGAUCAGAAUAAUCAUCACGACGAACUAGACGAAGAAGAAGAUGAUGAAGAGGAAGAAGAUGAAGCAGGUGGGUUCGAGAUAGUAGCAAACAAGCCGGCAGCUUCAGUGGGCACAGUGGAGUGAGGUGGAAGCAAAGAAUCCAAAAUGUGGCAAAAGAGUGGCCUUUUGGAUGUGGGUCUGGCUAGUGGAGGCCGUGGGCCGGCCGGCCGGGGGCAUUCCAGGCGGCGGGAGGUGGAGGGGGGCGGAGGGAAUUAAUUUGACAUAUACAAGGGAAAGAGAUGGGGUUUGUAAGGCUAUAGUGAUAAUUUUAUGCUUAUUUGUAUGAUUUAAUUAUUGUUUUGCAAAGUGAAUAAAUUGAAGAGGAGAGUGGGGAUCAAAGAAUGAAUUAAUAAAGAGACAAUGUUGUAAUUUUUAUUUUUAUUUUUUAUCUUUCUGUUGUGGGGUGUAAAUUUUUAAAAAUGGUUGUCAGUGUUCUUUUUUAUGAAGAUAGAAUUGUUUCUUUUU